AUGUCAUUUACAACACCAACACGUCCAUUAGAAUCAAGUGCAAUACGUCUUCUUAAGCGAGUACAUAUGUGUACUGAACGUAGUUUUGAACGAACACCUGUUCGAUAUGCAACUUCGAAACGAAAAACAAUACAAGUUCUAUCGUCUACUAUGUCAUCCGGUAUUACUCUAUUAAGUGACGAUGAUGAGACACUUGUUGGUGAUCAUACUAUUAGUGAUGAUUCACUUUUAUCUCUGGAUAGAACACUUACAGGGGACGACAACAAUGAAAAGAAUAAAUCUAAUGAAACAACUAUUACAACACCUUGGGAAAUAAUCGAUAGUAUUAAUAUUAAUAAUUCCGACUUUAAAAGUAUUAUUACACUCAAUCAAUCUAAUGUAUCACAAGCAACUGUUAUCAGUAAACGAUCAAGAAAAAUAUCAAUUUGUCCCUCGUCGCUGUUAGCACGUGUAUUGAAACCAUCAACACCAAAACCGUCGGCGAUAAAUGUUAAAUAUAUCAAUCGAUGUGUACGCGAUAUCGAUCGAUUAAAUGAUGCAUUUGGUCAAGAAUGGAUUACUUUACCGAAUUUCGUUUAA